AUGGCUAUCAUUGGAUCUUGUGUUCUACCAAACAAAAGGAAUGAUCAAAAUGCAGAAAUAUGGUUUGAUGCUGUGGAGGAGAUGGUCUUCGAUGAAGAGUCUCUCCAAGAAGAAUAUCUCGAGGCCCGUGUGAAUGAAAAUGCAAACAGCAAGUCCCAAAGGCUGGAGGCUCUACAGGCGGCGUAUCUUGUUUGCCUUUUUCAGAACUGGGAGGGAUCGGAGAUAGCGCAGCGAAGGAUUCGACGUCGACGAUAUAGUACACUUGUGGCUGUUGCAAGAGAUCUGGUCCUUAGGUCCGCCAUCCACCAAACCUUUUGGCUCAUAAACGAUGCGUCGAACUUUGACUGGCAAGCCUACAUCCAGAAGGAGGAAACAAUUCGUACACUGAGUUAUGUCUUUUUUUUGUUUGACUCAGCCUUCGUAAUAUUCCAUAACACACCGGCGCAGAUCUUCGGACAUGAAUUGGAGAUGCAUAUCAAUUGCCCUGAGGCAGCAUUUCAAGCUGGAUCGGCCAACCAGUGCUUUCAGCAUUUGAAGAAAUGGGCGGAUGAAGUGCUUGAUCAUCCCUCUGUAUCCACUGCUAUCGAAACGAUCUGCCAAGGUGACACUGAGGUUUGCCUUGAGACAUACUCUCGUUUUGGAAUACUGAACAUGUUUGUGAUAAUUUCUGCUUUAUGUGUGUCUAUAUAUCAGCUCCAAAAUGCCCUUGCACCUCCCACAGCCUUUGAGAACAUCGAGCGCGGGAUGAAGAACUGGAAAAAUGCAUGGGAUCAAAUGCAUCUUCUAUCUAACCUAGACGAUGACAAUAUCGUCAAUUUUUCGGAUGAACCGUGGAGGCGCGAUGGAUUUAUGAGAAGUGCUUCAGAGUAUUGGCUGCUAUGUAAUGUGUUAUUGGAGAGCAUACGGUCGAAUACCGGCGAACAUAACGUCUCUAAACGCAUGCUUGGUAAAUAUGACCAAACGGAUAUGGAGCAAGUGAGGCAACUGAUCACUCAAUUUAAUGCCAUGAAAAUGGGAUGA